UUGGAUUGAAAUUCCCUGCUUGGAUGAUUAUUUUGACUCACGUGGUGCCAACCGAGCAAUCAGAGAGAUCAGAGAUCGGCCACUUGGGCAGUGUUGGCGUCUCUGUUCUGUAUGUGUGUCAAUGUCCUAGAAGUUGUACGCACCUUCGUCCGCGUCAAUCAACGGUGCCGGCUGCAUUUGCCCCUCGAUCCGUCAAUUGAAUCGUAAGGAUGGUUGCCAUCAAAGGGAGAAAGACAUCCAACAAAAAUCCACCGAUUCUCAGUCAUGAAUUCAUCAUUCAGAAUCAUGCUGACAUCGUGUCGUGCGUGGCGAUGGUUUUCGUCGUCGGACUUAUGGUCCAGGUGACGUCGCCCUGGGCAUACACAUUCAUAGCCCUCCACCACAACGUCUCCGAGAGCACCGAGCCAGAUGCCCCCUGGCAGCCUCCGAAAUACUCGACAGGAUGGAAGGACGCCUGCGCCGUCUUCUUCUACUUCCUCAUCACAAUUGUGAUGCAUGCAGUCAUCCAGGAGUACAUCCUGGACAAAAUAUCAAAACGCCUCCACCUCAGUAAGAUCAAGCUAGCGAAAUUCAACGAGUCCAGUCAGCUCCUGGUGUUCUACGUGCUGUCAGCAAUCUGGGGGAUCGACAUCAUCAUCAGAGACAAUCUGGUCCUGGACAUCAAUUCCCUCUGGUUGGAUUACCCCAGUCUUAUGUCCUUCUCCUUGAAGCUUUUCUUCGUGGGACAGAUUGCCUACUGGCUCCACUGCUACCCUGAGCUGUACUUCCAGAAGAUCAAGAGGGAGAGCAUUUCCAAGGUCGUCGUUGAGGCCACUCUUGGCUUGGUCUUCACCCUGGCUGGAUAUCUCCUCAAUUUCCAACACAUCACAGUUAUUCUCCUCGUCGUGCACUUCCUCGGAGAUGCUCUUCAGCAUGGAGCUCGUCUUGUUCACAUUGUUUACCGCAGAGAACAAACAACAAAACUGGCUUUUGGCGUCGCAAACUCCAUCUACGUCUUCUGCAGGAUCUCGACAAUCCUCUUCUCUCUUCUGUUCUAUGUCUACGGUCUCAGCCAGGUGGAGAGCACGUUGGACAUCUCAGCAGGCAAUUUCAAUAUUCCAGCGAUAAGAUUUUCCGCAUUUGGUGCUGUAGCUCUUUUCCAAAUUUACCUCGUCUAUGCAUUUAGCCAGAGGCAGAUGCAGAGAGCUCGUGAGAAUGGUGGCCCAGUGGUGUCCAAGGCCAAGCCCAAACAGCAGAAGCCCAGGAAGAAGGAAGGGAAAAAAUCAGCUGCAUCUGAGGAUGACGACCUGCCAGAGGUCGAUCAGGCAACCAAGAAAAAUCUUCGAUCUCGAUCCGUCAAGACUAAAUAAAUUAUUUCCAGAGGAAUAUUUUAUUUCAAGACUCAUUUCCUCUCUCGAGGAACACACGACAUAUUCCCAUUCCUCUCGACCACCGAAAGACCCCCUUUAUAUUUAUUUUUAACAGUGAAAACAACUCGAGAUAAAUAUCACUCUUUAUUAUUACGUCCAAGCGAAACCGAGGGUAGCUCAAUUAUUGUGUAAAUAUUUUCUAUGAACGGGAAAGAGGAAUGGCCUAUAAAAUUACGAUUAUAAUAACAUGAUAUUAAAAUUUUCUU